AUGGAGUUUCCAGUUUCUCUGUUGUUCCUAUUGAUUAUUUGUUAUUCUGGGAACAUUUUGGGUCAAAAUCCUGAAACCGUAAAUGUACUGGAACCUAUUGGCGUUAUUCUUACUUCAAAAGCGUACAGCGAAGUUUGCCACAUACAAGGUUUAUAUGCUAGACCACAGGCAUUACAAAUUUACUACCAUUGGGCCUACUUGAAAUCUAAAACUGAUGAAUAUAUUGAGAAAUCCCGACUGUGCCGAGAUGAUUCGAAGAUGUAUUUUUUAUCGAAAAGCAUGGUAAAGAAAUUCUGCGAUUCACAAGCAGAUCAAUUAAGAGUUGCACAUUCAGUUCAUAACAGUAUUUGCAGCGUGAUUCAACAAGUCACUGAGGCCUGGCGCAAUGGUCGUACAACACGCAUGCAUAAUGUGGUUGUUUGAUGAACUCGUCUGUCGGCCACCAGCUGCACUCAGGAGUAUUUUUUGCAGUUUUUCAUUCC